AUGAAAUUAUUUCAUAAUUCCCCCAUCAUUGAACUUAAUGAAAUUACUCUUCAAUUCAUUGACUUAAUUCCUUCAUUUUCCUCAAAACGUUUUAUACUUAAUGGAAAAAUAGUACAAGAUAAUGUACCUAUUCAAAUCCUUCAACAAACAAUUGAAUAUUCAACUACUUGUUAUCUUCCAGAAAUUAGUUCAAUGUCUUCAGUAACUAAAGUCAAAGGUUAUUUACCAAAAGGAAUGAGACUAAUAGACUGGAUGAGACGAGAAGAUAAAUUGAACUUUCUUUUUGUGAUAAGUUAUGAUGACUCAGAUGUCAUUUUAGAUGGUUUUGAACCAAACACCAUUGCUAGCGAAAUUGUAAUAUUACUAAAGGGAGAAAAGAAACAUCUCACACAGUAUAACAACAUUCCUCAUUUGACUAUUUGUCUUAAUCAUUUUAGUGAGCCGUAUUACUCGAAUGAAAUUGUUAUGAAACAAGAAAAUGGAUUAAUGCGAAUGGUUGAACCUACUGAUAGUAUUUCUUUAAGAAUGUUUUAUGACAUGUAUUUGUUUACUUAUGUUGUCAUUCUGAAGUCAACUCGAAAUGGUAAGAUUCUUCAUUUAGAAACAUAUAAUAUGGUAAAGAAAGUCAUCAAUUGUAAUGUCCCACAACAACAACUAAUAUUACCAAAAGACAUGGAUUAUUUCGAAGGAGAAUAUUAUCCACCUGAAUGUCAUUUGAAGGAAUUAAAAGUCAACUUCUGUGAUACUAACCAAUCAAUUGAACAAUCAAUUACAUCACUAACAUUAAAUAGAUUUGUUGACUAUUAUCAAUUUCUACCAAACUAUGCUCCUUUUAACUCUAGUCAACUAAAAACUUUACAACUCAUUAACAGUGAAUUAAAUCAUUCACUGAAAUAUCUUAGUCAAUUAACACAACUUGUUCUAAUAGAAUGCAAUAUCAAUGUCCCAAUCAAUAACUUCUAUCCAUCUUCAUUGAAACGGUUGUAUUGUCAAAGAGAACAACUUCCUCAUUGUUUAAAUGUAGAAGAAAUGAUUAUCAUAAAUUUGAAUGACUCAUUUAAUUCUUCUCAUUGGCUUCAAUCAAGUAAUAUCAUAUUUAGUGUUUACUUAUUUACAUUACUAUUAUUGUGGUUGUAUUUCAAUACACAAAGAAUCUCAAUUGUUUUUCCAUUAAUAAUUAUUCUUCAACUCACUUUGAUUCAAUCAUCUUGGAAUAAUAAUCCAUGUCGGUGUCUUAAUUUGAAUCAAUACCAUUAUCUCCACCAACUAAGUAUUUGGAAUAUUCAGGAUGAUAUAAUUCAAUCAAACAACAUUCAACUAUUAGCAAUAUUUCAUUCAACAAAAUAUAUAAAUUUAAAGUCAAUCAAAUCACUUAAGAGUGUGUUUUUGAAGCAAAGCCCAUAUGUAAUUCCUCCACCAUUUUGUAAGUCAUAUAUUUUGAAUUAGUUGUUUGUUUUUAAUAAUAACUGUUUGGUAGUUAUUCUUAAACAGCAUGGAUAAAAACUAUUAUUAUUUUCAAUGAACAUAAAACAGAAAGAGUAAAAGAAAAAUUGUAGCUCGCUGCUUCAUCUAAGAAUUUACAUAUAUUCUGUUGACAUUAACUAAAAUAUAACUCUACUUAUCAACAGUAUUAAUAAAUAUAAGACUUUCUUACUUUGUUAUUCUUUGUUUUAGAAAAAAAAGAUUUAGAUAAACAUUAACAAGGAGUAUAAUCACUUUACUACUUAAGAAUGAGAUAAAUUAAUAAAGAAAUUUAUGAAAUGAAACUUUAUUACUUGAAAAUUAUUUUCACUGGUUUAUAAACAUUGUAUUGAUAAUAAUUUAUUAGGUGGGUGUUUUAUAAUAACUAUAAAACAAUAAAAUAUUAUAUUAGUUUAUUUUAUUGCUGAGGAGGAGGUGGUGGUGCAUAAUAAGGUUGUUGAGGAGGGGGUGGUGGUUGUGUAAAUUGGUCUGGAGGAAGUGGUGGUUGUGUAAAUUGGUCUGGAGGAAGUGGUGGUUGUAUAUAUUGGUCUGGAGGUGGCUGGACAUAUUGGUUUUGAAUAGGAUAUCCUUGGUAUGAUUGUUGUUGGUAACAAUAGUUUUGCUGGGGAUUUUCAUAGCCAUAAUUUGGUUGGUUGAUAGGUGUUUGUUGUAAUUCUUGUUGAUUACUUUGAUUGUCCUUAUUAUCUGUUGGUUUGUCUUUCUCUUUAUUUUCUUCUUCAUCAGCAGAAUGCUCGCUUUUAUUAGAAUGUUUCUUUUUGCUCUUUUUAUUAUCACAACAAUCACAACAAUCACAACAAUCGCAACAAUCACAUAAGUCACAGCAAGCGAGACAAAACUCUUCAAGCAGAGGUGCUAUACAAAUAUCACAGAAACAUUCGAAGCAAAUUCCAAUCAAAUCACCCAUACUUCAAAUAUUAAUUUAAGAUGAAGAUUUUAUCUUAUUGUACUACACAUGAAUUAAAAAAUAAAUUUGUAAAAAGUUAUUAAUAAUUAUAAGGUUGUAUUUAUCUAUUUUAUUAUAUAAUAAUUCAACCAAAUUCUCGAAUAAUAUCGAAAAAUACUUCUUAAAAAAAAAAUAACUAUAAUAAUGUUAUAAAGUAUUACUGUUAAUACUAUUCUUUCAUUUCUUUAAUCUGUGGAAUAUUUUAAACAAAAAAUUUCUAUUUAAACAAAUAUUUUUUAAUC